AAAGAGGCUGCGUUGUGGAGAAAAGUCAAACAUUCAUUUAUUGUUACUCAAUUUGGAUUUGAACAGGCCAGUUCAAAGUCAUGUCUGGAGCCAUAGGUGGUCAAAGUCAACAGAAUGAUCAACCAAAAGAUGUCAGUUAUUAUGAGAAGCGCCAUCAAGAGGACACAAAGAAGGAUAGCAGUACACCACAAGGUAAGUUAUUCACUAUGAAAAAUAAAUAAAUAGAAAAAUGGCUUGCAUUAAAUGUUUUUUCAUACCUGAUACAGUUGCAUCUUAAAAGAAACCUGUAUGUCUUUCGAGUUUUUAAUGUAUCUUGGUUUUUGAGCAAAGAUGUCAAAGUAUGUCCCUUAAAUUUUGCAAUCUCCCUUUGUUCUGAAGGUUUGCCUCUGUCAUAGCUAUGGAUACGAUGUUUGUUUAUGGCCCACCAUAUUGUUUUCAGAUGGAGAUACUUUGUAGUUCCAUACUAAUUACUGGACUUGAAACGUGAAUUCCCAUUGGACAGUUGACUUUAUGCAUUUGAAUUUAGACAUCACAACAAAGUCAUUUAGUUGCAUAAAUGCCUUGUCAGCUAUAAACAAAUUUGGCUAUGGUCGUUGGAAUAUUUAAUGCAAUGAAAGCCGUAUUAUAGACUCAAGGUCUCUAUAUAGCUUGACAGGGGGCUUUUACGUUCUUUGAAUUAGUGCUUUUAAUUAGGAUCAAUAAAGAUCAUCAUUUAGAUCACAAAACAAGAAAAGCAACUUCAGUAAUGGGAUAAUGUUAGCACCUGAAAACGCCAGAAGAAUCUUGGAUAGUUUACUACUAAUAUUCCUCUUAUAUAAUGCUAGGAUAUGGCUCCUGAGUAUUGGUUUAUCUUUUUUGCUACCUUCCACAGGUGUCUUGUGUUCUUAUGUUUUUUUUUUAAUGUUUUCGUAAUUGUUUUAGUGACUUUUAUGUUAAUGUAUUGAUUUAAAUGUUCACCAAUUUAUAACGCACGUGCAAUACUUUUAUACAAAAUUAAAUAUGCACCUAAUAAUAGGAUUACAACUUUUUGAUCUCUGUUUUUGAUGUACUACUAUGCACAUUAAGGAUAAUUCUAUUCGGGAAUUUGUAUAUGUGAAUAUUCUUGCUUAAAAUCAAAUAAAAAUUGAAAGUGGAAAAAAAUAUAUAAAUAUAUAUAAAUUUUAACUAUAAAAAGGCCCAGGGGAAAGCAUUAACGAAUUAGCAUCUUCCUAAACGGCUGAUUAUUUUGUUGUCUUGGCAACGCAGACUUACAGUUUUUGGAAAGCGUGGUAUGCAGAUAAAUGUGAAUGACUUGUUAUCUUUUAUUAUUUGAGUUUGGUAGUUUGUGCAUGUAUUUCAAUCCCUUAUCUGUACAAUGCAUUUCAAAAAACUCCAGCGUGGAGAGCAAAGUUCAAGAACACAUGCAGGAGUGGAGGUAAAUCAAUACUUCCAGACAAUUAAUGUAAAAUGGAGACUAUACCCUGAUAUGUUUACAAGUACACAUCAGUUAAAUAAUACAGGUUACUCAUAAUGUGACUACUUUGACUAGUAAAUCUGAAUUAAGAUGGCUGCAUUGAUGUGAAUUUGCUAAUAAUAUAGAUGUGCCACAAAGAUAAACAAUAAAGAUCAUAGAAACAAAUAUAACAAUUAUGAUAUAAUGUAAAAUGCACGUAUAAAAAUGUGUUAUUUAAACUAUAUUUAUUUAUAUAUGAUAUAUUUUGGAAAUAAUUUUUGUAUUUUUAUAAAUUUAAAAUAUGUCCAUGUGUGUUUGUCAAUAGUAGACCAAGUGGCACCUCUGGUACCUCAGCCAACUGCAUCCCAGCCAGCUAAGAAUCAACCAGCUGUGAGUCAGCCAGCCCAAACUCAGCCAGCUGUUAGCCAACCAGCUGUGAGCAAACCAACUGCGAGUCAACCUGCCCAAACUCAGCCGGCCACAGGUCAACCAGCUGUGAGUCAACCAACCGAAACUCAGCCAGCUGUGAGCCAACCAGCUGUGAGCCAACCAACUGCGAGUCAACCUGCCCAAACUCAGCCGGCCACAGGCCAACCAGCUGUGAGCCAGCCAGCUGUAAGUCAACCAACUGAAACUCAGCCAGCUGUGAGCCAACCCGCUGUGAGUCAACCAGCCCAAACUCAGCCUGCCAACAGCCAAUCAGCUGUGAGUCAACCAGCCCAAACCCAGCCAGCCAAGAGUCAGCCAGGCAGUCACGUGUAGUCAUUAUGCAAGAAAUAACAAUUUAAGAAGGCACAAGGAGGCCCACAUUUUGGGGGGGGGGGGGGGGGAAGCAUGUCAAUAUAUAUAUAUUGCUUAUUUAAUAAUUAAAUAUCUUUAAUCUCUUCAAUAAAAUGAUCAAAUGAACGUAAUUAAAAUAAAUUAAAUUGAUUAACUCAACG